UCCUCGUCUAGUCCAGGCCAAGGUUGAACCCACAAUUUCUCUGAGCAAAGAGAAACUGCAAUUCUGUUUUUGCAACCCCUGCGAACACCCAUGACAUUCUUCUGGAAGCUUGGCUUCAAUUAUUCAAACGACAAGCCCUCUGCCGUCCGGAGGUGGAGCUUUCAUCCUGUAUUCAAUUCCCGGAGGGAAGGGUUUGCUACAUCCGUCAGCAAUUUUGUGCAUACAUGGGGAGUACACAUAAAGGGGCCUGUCUACGUUGCAGUUUUCAAGCCAUUUUCAAUUGCAGUCGCAGCUUUCAUGAGCACCAUUUUUCUUGGUGAACCAUUGUAUCUUGGAAGUGUGAUUCGAGCAACAAUGCUGUUUAUUGGGUUUUAUGCUGUGAUGUGGGGAAAAGCAAAGGAAGAAGCAGUGAUGGACAACUCUAACUUAGUAACCUCAUCAGAAGAUCAGUUACCUUUGUUACAAAGCUAUGAGUUCAUAAUAGCUCUACCCAGGAAAGCGCUGGCGACAACAGAAAGGAAGAGGUCUAUGAAGCCGCUGUGCCUCCUCUUUUAGUUUUGCCAUCUAAUUUUACAGGAGUGUAAACUUAUAAUAUUAUAUUAUCCUUUAUAAUUAUUAUUUUUGUUUGUAAUUCUUUAAUACGUAUAGGUUUCCCUUAAUUAUUAUCAUUAAUCCCCUAAAUCACAUGUUUUAUUCCGACAAAAGGAAUCAGUUGAUUAUGGUGAGAUAAUAUAUUAAAUUAAUUGUU